AGACUACCACAGUACGCGAUCCACAAAGCACCUGAGGUUCACAGAGGCACCUGUACGUGCAUUCGCAACCAUACGCGCAUGCCUAGUUUGGUCUCACACGAGCACUAGUGAAUGAAAGGGGAAGAGCGAAGGACCAUCAUGACUCUCGAGGGAAAACCCACUGCGAACCGUGCGGCGUCCACUACGCAUGCUGCACCUUCCGAGGUAACAGAGCAGGAGCUUCAGUCCAAGCUCUUUAGGCUGGCCAUCCUCUUGGCCACUGCGCUCUCUACCAUCGACGAAGCGACACCUCCAGCGGCAUUACCGUCAGGCUCGAAGCUGCCAUCGUCGGAAAGCUUCGUGAGGCUAUCCGAGCAGCUGCACAACGAUCUGGUGCAGCUAUUCAAUCUGGCGCAAAAGACGGCGACGAACUUGACCCUCGCACUCAAGCCUAGUAGGAAUGCCUUAGCCGCAGCACCCGCUUCGAGCGGGGCUAGCAUCAGUCCAAUUGGAGGACUUGAUGCUGCAAGCCUGACUGCAGCUUCUGCUCAGCUCGACACGUUCUCGUCGGAGGUGUUACCCAAACUCGCCUUCUUGGCACGCAAAGCUGCGGGUGAAGCUCACAUCUUUGUGCGUGCCGCACCUAGAGAGCUCUCGCAGGGAGAGAAAGAUGAAAGGACACGAUUGGAGAAGGAAGUGACUGCCAUGGGGGGCAGAAUUGUGGAUCCAUUCGAAGCUACACCGCCAGCAAAGGUGCCAGGCCUUGGACUGGGACUCAAUCUCACAAAGGCGAUUCGACAUCACGUGAGAGACGUGAUGGAGAGUGUAGCAGGCCUCUGCACUUCAUUGAUGGAUGCCAACACCCUAAAAGUCGUCCACCAAGCCGCAGCUGCCCGGGCACGAGCCGACGGUGUGCGAAACGGACCAAAUGCUACUCAGUCACCGCCACUCAGCGCGAUGGAGGGUCGAAAGAAGGCGCUGGAAGCAACCGCAAAAGUGUGGGCUGCAUGCGACCAAGCGACGAAGGAGCUGCCAACAUCCAAUAGGGAAGUAGUACUGAAGAAAUGGAAGGAGAGGGAGGAAGUAAUGGAGGAUGGGUGGAACGAGCUAAGGGAAGGGGCAGGUGUGGACGAUGCACAGGCUGAGCGAGAUCGAGAAAGCGCCGCAAUGCGGCAGCCAGGCCGCGAUCACACCACAAGUUCCAGCAGGACGAAUGCUGUCGAUCUGCCACUGGAUGAGUCGGAUCCAUUCGCCGCGCUGCAGAACUUGAAGCUAGACGAUGACGAAGCAGCAAAAGCGGCGCGCUUCGUUCCUCUCAUCAAGCUGGGGCGCUUCCUGCAUGGAACGCUGGGUCGUCUACUCAAAUCUGCCCUCUCGAGGCAACAGGAUCAAAGUGUUCUCGACUAUGAUGAGCUCCACCUUCUCGGAGAGCGAAUGUUGGAAGCGCAGGACGAUCUGGUGGCUGCACUGUUGUAUGGCGAGCAAGAGCUGGGCAACGGGCUCGAUUUAGAGGAAGGAGAUGAACAAGAAGCGGAAGAGGAAGCAAUAGAAGACGGCGGGGCUAGCGGCACCGAGGGCGAAAACAGUGACGAGGAGCAAGCGACAACACUUUCAGGUGCGGUCAACAUUUACGUCAAGAUCGCCCUGCAGCUCGUACAUGAGAGCGGUGUCGAUGCAUUGCUAGAACAUGCAGAGUCGGCAGCACUCGCACCGAAGGCUUCCUCGGCUUCGCAUCAAACAGCUGUCAAAAACGUGCGGAUAUGUGUAGAGGAGAUGAGCAAGCUUGGAAAGAGUCUGGCUGAGCAGAGCGAAGCGGAUGGUUGAAGCCGAUGUGGACAAUGAAGAUGACGCGAUCAUAGCCCUGCUGCUUGACAGCCUUCAGCCCCAAGCACCACGCUGCAUGCCUUGAGUCAAGCAUGGCUGUGUCCGACUGAUGAGCUUUCCUGAUUGUGGAUUGGACGCUGUGUGGCCAGGACAGGGAUAACCUUAACGAUCGCUGCACACACGAAAGAUGUGCUUCCGGCGCGUGCGGGCGGUUGUGU